CUGUCCUUACAAAAUUCGUCGGCUACAAACUGCUGCAAUUCAGAAGACACCGUUCCACAUUCCAGCAAAGCAUUGCACAUGCCCAACUUCUCCUCAGACCAGAUGGUAAUCCACUGUGGCAAAGCAAGAAUGGAUGGCAUCCUAACCAGCUUUACCGGCCACCAGCGACUGAACGACUCUCUGAAUACUGUUAAAUAG